GAAUAUACACAGCCCUGCUCUGGGACAUACCUCUGUUGGAUUUAAUAUACAGUCCUCGCCGAAACUGACUUUCAGCUAUGGACUCGCAGCCAGUUGACGAUGAUGCGAUGGUGGCAUAAAUGACGAUCACGCAAGGGGAGCAGAACGAUGCCCAAGGGUGGGUGUUCUAAAACACCACAGCAAGAAGACGUUCCUCUCAGCAACGACAUGGUGGAGAAACAAACUGGGAAAAAGGAUAAAGAUAAAGUUUCUCUAACCAAGACCCCAAAGCUGGACCGCAGUGAUGGCGGGAAGGAGGUGAGAGAGCGUGCCACCAAGCGGAAGCUGCCCUUCACCGUGGGCGCCAAUGGAGAGCAGAAGGACUCAGACACAGAGAAGCAGGGUCCUGAGCGGAAGAGGAUUAAGAAGGAGCCUGUCACCCGGAAGGCUGGGCUACUGUUUGGCAUGGGGCUUUCUGGAAUCCGAGCAGGCUACCCCCUGUCCGAGCGCCAGCAAGUGGCUCUUCUCAUGCAGAUGACAGCCGAGGAGUCUGCAAAUAGCCCAGUAGACACAACACCAAAGCACCCCUCCCAGUCUACCGUGUGUCAGAAGGGAACGCCCAACUCUGCCUCAAAAACCAAAGAUAAAGUGAACAAGAGAAACGAGCGAGGAGAGACCCGCCUGCACCGAGCCGCCAUUCGUGGGGACGCCCGGCGCAUCAAGGAGCUCAUCAGUGAGGGGGCAGACGUCAACGUUAAGGACUUUGCAGGUUGGACAGCACUGCACGAGGCAUGUAACCGGGGCUACUACGACGUCGCCAAGCAGCUGCUGGCUGCGGGCGCGGAGGUGAACACCAAGGGCCUGGAUGAUGACACGCCUCUGCACGACGCCGCCAACAACGGACACUACAAGGUGGUGAAGUUGUUGUUACGGUACGGAGGAAAUCCUCAGCAAAGCAACAGGAAGGGUGAGACGCCGCUGAAAGUGGCCAAUUCCCCCACCAUGGUGAACCUCCUGUUAGGCAAAGGCACAUACACAUCCAGUGAAGAGAGCUCGACUGAGAGCUCCGAGGAAGAGGACGCCCCAUCGUUCGCACCUUCAAGCUCCGUUGAUGGCAACAACACAGACUCUGAGUUUGAGAAGGGCCUCAAGCACAAGGCCAAGAACCCAGAGCCACAGAAAACCGUGACCCCUGUCAAGGAUGAGUAUGAGUUCGACGAGGACGAUGAGCAGGACCGAGUCCCUCCCGUGGAUGACAAACACCUGCUAAAAAAGGACUACAGGAAAGAAACUAAGUCCAAUAGUUUUAUUUCCAUACCCAAAAUGGAAGUUAAAAGUUACACUAAAAAUAACACAAUCGCACCAAAGAAAGCAUCCCAUCGCAUCUUGUCAGACACAUCUGAUGAGGAGGACACAGGUCUAGCCGUGGGCUCGGGGGAGAAGCUGAGGCUAUCGGCGCACACAUUGCUGCCCAGUAACAAGACGCGUGAGCCUUCUGCCGCCAAGCAGCAGAAGGAGAAAAGCAAAGUGAAAAAGAAGCGAAAGAAGGAAGCAAAGGGCAAAGAAGUGCGGUUUGGGAAAAGGAACGACAAGUUCUGCUCUUCAGAGUCAGAGAGCGAGUCCUCAGACAGCGACGAGGACGACCGGGACUCUGUGGGCAGCUCCAGCUGCCUCAAGGAGUCCCCGCUGGUGCUGAAGGACCCUUCCCUGUUCAGCUCCCUGUCCGCCUCCUCCACCUCAUCCCACGGGAGCUCUGCCGCCCAGAAGCAUAACCCCAACCACACAGACCAGCACGCCAAGCACUGGCGUACAGACAACUGGAAAACCAUCUCCUCCCCCGCUUGGUCAGAGGUCAGCUCCUUAUCAGACUCCACAAGGACGAGACUGACAAGUGAGUCUGAUUACUCCUCUGAGGGCUCCAGUGUGGAGUCGUUGAAGCCAGUGAGGAAGAAGCAGGAGCACAGGAAGCGGGGUGGGCUGCAGGGUGCCCUGUCCGAGAAGAAGAACUCCUUCCACUCUGGCGUGGACGGUGCCAUUCCCAAGCUGGACAGAGAGGGGAAGGUUGUCAAAAAACACAAAACAAAGCAUAAGCACAGAAACAAGGAGAGGGGGCAGUGCUCUGUUAGCCAGGAACUGAAACUGAAAAGUUUCACUUACGGAUACGAGGACUCCAAGCAGAAGUCAGAUAAGGCAAUACUCCUUGACAAUGACCUUUCCACCGAAAACAAGCUAAAGGUAUUAAAGCAUGAUCGAGACCAUUUUAAAAAGGAAGAGAAAUUUAGCAAAAUGAAAUCAGAAGAGAAGGAAUGGCUCUUCAAAGAUGAGAUCAUAAAGGUCAAAGAUGAAAAGCCUCUCAAGAGAAUCAAAGACAUGAACAAAGACAUCAGCAGGACUUUCCGAGAAGAGAAAGACCGUUUGAAUAAAGCAGAAAAGGAGAAGUCAGUGAAGGAAAAGUCUCCAAAAGAGGAAAAACUGAGACUAUACAAAGAGGAAAGAAAGAAAAAGUCAAAAGACCGGCCCUCAAAAUUAGAGAAAAAGAAUGAUUUAAAGGAGGACAAAAUUUCCAAAGAGAAGGAGAAGAUGUUUAAAGAAGAUAAAGAAAAACUCAAAAAAGAAAAAGUUUAUAGGGAAGAUUCUGCUUUUGAUGAAUAUUGUAACAAAAGUCAGUUUCUGGAGAAUGAAGACACCAAGUUCAGCCUUUCUGACGACCAGCAGGACAGGUGGUUCUCAGACUUGUCCGACUCAUCCUUUGACUUCAAAGGGGAGGACAGUUGGGACUCUCCGGUGACAGACUACAGGGAUCUGAAAAACGACUCUGUGGCCAAACUCAUCCUGGAGACAGUGAAGGAGGACAGCAAGGAGAGGAGGAGAGACAGCAGGGCCCGGGAGAAGCGGGACUAUAGGGACGCCUUCUUCCGAAAGAAGGAGAGGGACUAUGUGGACAAGAACGCCGAGAAGAGGAAGGACCAGGCUGAGAAGCACAAGGGCAUCCCGAGCUAUCUUUCUGAAAAGGACAAAAAGAGGAGAGAGUCUGCAGAGGGCGGGCGGGACCGGAAAGACGCCCUGGAGAGCGCCAAGGAGCGGAAGGAUGGCAGGGCAAAGCCCGAGGAGGCGCAUAGGGAGGACCUGAAGGAGCACGGCUGUGAGGGCAUCUUCAAGGACAAAGCCGACUGUGACUUUGGGAAGAGCCUGGAGCUGUGGGAGAGGCACCACCCUGCGAGAGAGAAGGAGAAGAAAGAUGGCCUCGACAGGGAGAGGAAGGAGAAAGCCAAGGCAGAAAAAUACAGAGACAAGUCCAACGACAAAGACAAGAGUGAAAAGGCUGCCCUUGAAAAAGGUCUGAAGGACAAAGAAUUUGAUAAAUGUUUCAAGGAGAAGAAAGAUACCAAGGAAAAGCAUAAAGACAUACAUGGCAAAGACAAAGAAAGAAAGACAUCUCUUGACCAAGGGAAGGAGAAGAAGGAGAAGACUUUCCCUGGAAUUAUCUCAGAAGACUUCUCUGAAAAAAAAGAUGAAAAAAAAGGCAAAGAGAAGAGCUGGUAUAUUGCAGAUAUAUUCACAGAUGAAAGUGAGGAUGACAAAGAUGAUUACAUGGCGAGCGGAUUCAAGAUCGCAGAGGCCAGCGACUUGCCAAGGGUGGACAGCCUCCAGGAGAAGGAGGACGGGAGGGAGCCCUGUGCCUCAGACAAGCACAGGAAGUCCUCUUCUGACAAGCAGCACUCUGACAGGCAGAAGGAGAAGGAGCCCAGGGACAAAAGGAAGGACCGGGGGACUGCGGAAGGGGGGAAGGACAAGAAAGACAAAGUCUUUGAGAAGCACAAAGAGAAGAAGGAGAAGGAGGCCACAGACAAAUAUAAGGACAGGAAAGACAGAACUUCAGUGGACUCCACUCAAGAAAAGAAAAACAAACAGAAGCUCCCUGAGAAGACUGAGAAGAAACACUCUACUGAGGACAAGGCUAAAGGCAAGCACAAAGAGAAGGCAGACAGAGAACAUUCCAAGGAGAGAAAGUCUUCGAGAAGUGCAGAGAUGGAAAAGAGCUUGCUGGAGAAAUUGGAAGAAGAAGCUCUCCAUGAGUACAGAGAGGACUCCAAUGACAAAAUAAGUGAGGUCUCGUCCGACAGCUUCACUGACCGGGGCCAGGACCCGGGACUGAGCCUCCUGGAGGUCUCCUUCACGGAACCGGCCGUGGAGGACAAGGUCAAGGAGAGCGCCUGCCUCCCGGAGAAGUCGAAAGAGAAGGAGCGGCACAGGCACUCCUCGUCCUCAUCCAAGAAGAGCCACGAGCGCGAGAGAGCCAAGAAAGACAAGGCCGAGAAAAAGGAGAAGGGCGAGGACUACAAGGACGGCAGCAGGAAGGACUCUGGCCAGCAUGAGAAGGACUUUCUGGAGGCCGAGGCCUACGGCAUGUCGUACAGCACAAAGGCAGAUGUGGAGGAUGACCUGGACAAAACCAUCGAGCUGUUUUCUGCCGAAAAGAAAGAUAAAAGUGAUCCUGAAAGAGAGCCUUCCAAGAAAAUAGAGAAAGAGCUGAAGCCCUUUGGGUCCAGCACCGCCAGCAUCCUGAAGGAGAAGAGGAGGCGGGAAAAGCACCGUGAGAAGUGGAGGGAGGAGCGGGACAAACACAGGGACAAGCAUGCAGACGGGCUCCUGCGCCACCACAAGGAUGAACAGAAGCUUGCGGCCAGGGACAAGGACAACCCCCCGAACUCAUGCAAGGACAAGUCCAGGGACGAGGCCAAGCUGAAGGAGAGGCUCAAGGAGAGCACAGAGAAGGAGAAAGGCGACUCGGGGAGGGGUGGCAAUGGCAGCGAGAAGUCGGUGCCAGCCCGAGACCCGGGCAGGAGGGAUGGCCGGCCCCGUGAGAAGCUGCUAGGCGACGGCGACCUGAUGAUGACCAGUUUUGAGCGCAUGCUCUCCCAGAAGGACCUGGAGAUCGAGGAGCGGCACAAGCGGCACAAGGAGAGGAUGAAGCAGAUGGAGAAGCUGCGGCACCGGUCUGGAGACCCCAAGCUCAAGGAGAAGGCCAGGCCGACGGACGACACACGCAAGAAGAGCCUGGACGUGCCUCCCAAGAAGCCGCUGGGGCUGGAUCCCUCCUUCAAAGACCGGAAGCUCAAGGAGUCGGUGCCUACGCCACCUGCCACCGAGAACAAGCUCCACGCGGGACCAGGCACAGAACCCAAAGACUGGUUGGCGGGGCCACCCAUGAAAGAAGUCCUGCCUGCAUCGCCCAGGCCCGACCACAGCCGGCCCACGGGUGUGCCCACACCCACGUCAGUGGUGUCCUGUCCCAGCUACGAGGAGGUGAUGCACACACCCCGGACCCCGUCCUGCAGCGCCGACGACUACUCCGACCUCAUGUUCGACUGCGCAGACUCACAGCACUCGCUGCCUGUCUCUGCCACAUCCACCAGCGCCUGCUCCCCCUCCUUCUUCGACAGGUUCUCCAUGGCCUCCAGUGGGCUCACAGAAAAUCCUGGCCAGACCCCCACCAGGCCCCUCUCCACCAGCCUCUACCGCUCCAUCUCCGUUGACAUCAGGAGGACCCCCGAGGAGGAGUUCAGUGUCGGGGACAAGCUCUUUCGACAGCAGAGCGUGCCCACUGCGUCCAGCUAUGAGUCCCCAGCACAGCACCUGAUGGAGGACAAGGGCCCUCUGCCUCCCGCACCGACGGACAAGUUUGCCUGCCUGUCCCCGGGCUGCUACUCUCCCGACUAUGGCAUCUCCUCGCCCAAGGUCGACACUCUUUACUGCCCACCCACGGCAGCCGUUACCGUCACUCCAUCCCCAGACGGCGUCUUCUCCAGUUUACAGGCCAAGUCCUCCCCUUCUCCCCGAGGUGAGCUGCUAGCACCUUCCCUGGAAGGGGCCCUGCCCCCAGACCUGGACACCACCGAGGACCAGCAGGCCACGGCCGCCAUCAUCCCUCCGGAGCCCAGCUACCUGGAGCCUCUGGAUGAGGGCCCAUUCAGCACCGUCAUCACUGAGGAGCCCGUCGAGUGGGCCCACGCUGCCCACCCUGCCGAGCAGGCCCUGUCUGCCGCCUUGAUCGGGAGUGCCUCCGAGAGCCCUGCCAGCUGGCCUGUGGGCUCGGACCUUCUCCUCAAGUCUCCUCAGCGGUUCCCAGAGUCUCCAAAGCACUUCUGCCCCACUGAGUCCCUCCACCCGCCCGCCCCAGGGCCCUUCAGUGCCCCAGAGCCCCCGUACCCCGUCUCUCCUGCUACAUACUCUCUGCCUGUCGCCGAGCCAGGACUGGAGGAAGGCAAAGAUGAUGGGGUGGAAGCAAUCCCCGUCCCCGGGGCCAAAGAGGAAGCUGCUCCCUAUGCCCCUGCCUCCAGACUGGAGUCCUUCUUCAGCAACUGCAAGUCACUUCCAGACACAGCGCUCGAUGUGGUCCCUGAGCCUGCGUGCAUAGCCACCGUGGCCCAGGUGGAGGCACUGGGGCCCCUGGAGAGCAGCUUCCUGGACAGCAGUCACAGCCUGUCCACCCUUGGCCAGGUGGAGCCGGUGCCCUGGGCCGAUGCCUUCCCCACCUCCGAGGACGACCUGGACCUGGGACCCUUCUCACUGCCAGAGCUUCCUCUUCAGGCCAAGGACGUUUCUGAUGUUGAAGCAGAACCUGUAGAAGAAAGUCUUACAGCUCCGGAAAAGAUUCCCCCAGGGGUCCCCAUGGCCAUUGGCGGUGGGGACCUCUCUUUAUCUGCUGCUGAGGAGCAGCCGGCACCACCUCCUGCCCCAGUGUCCCCCCACCCUCCCCUGGAGCCUGAGCCCGAGCCCUCCGAGGAGCCAAGGCUGGACGUGGCUCCGGAAGCCUCAGUGGAGGCAGAGAUGGCAUCAGAGGAGAGGGCCCCCGGGGAUGCAGACCCCAGCACAGAACCUGGGCCCGGGCCCCCUGAACAGCACCCACCGAGGGGUGGAGACCAGGGGCCCGAGGUGGAAGACUCCCCUCCCAUGUCCCACUGUGCACCCCCGGGCCCUCCUGCAGAUGGCACAGCCCAGACUGGGGAUGGCGCCCAGGACAGUGCUGGGGUCUCCCGGGCCACCGCUCCUGCUGAGGGCCCCCCAGGCGGCGUCCAGACAGAAGCUGUAGAACCAGAACCCAAACCCACAGUUGACGCCCCGAAGGCCCCCAAAGUGGAGGAGAUCCCACAGCGCAUGACCAGGAACCGUGCGCAGAUGCUGGCCAACCAGAGCAAGCAGAGCACACUGCCCUCUGAGAAGGAGCUCGUCCCCGCCAGUGCCCCAGUCACCAGAGCCAAGGGCCGCGUCUCCGAGGAUGACGAUGCUCAGGCCCAGCACCCACGCAAGCGCCGCUUCCAGCGCUCCAGCCAGCAGCUGCAGCAGCAGCUGCACACAUCCACGCAGCAGACGCGGGAGGUGAUCCAGCAGACACUGGCCGCCAUCGUGGAUGCCAUCAAGCUGGAUGACAUCGAGCCCUAUCACAGCGAUCGGUCGAACCCGUACUUUGAGUACCUGCAGAUCAGGAAGAAGAUCGAGGAGAAACGCAAGAUCCUGUGCUGCAUCACGCCCCAGGCACCCCAGUGCUACGCUGAGUAUGUCACCUACACAGGCUCUUAUCUGCUGGACGGCAAGCCGCUCAGCAAGCUCCACAUCCCCGUGAUUGCACCCCCUCCCUCCUUGGCGGAGCCUCUGAAGGAGCUGUUCAAGCAACAGGAGGCCGUCCGUGGGAAACUGCGUCUGCAGCACAGCAUUGAGCGGGAGAAGCUGAUUGUGUCCUGUGAGCAGGAGAUCCUGCGGGUUCACUGCCGGGCGGCCCGGACCAUCGCCAACCAGGCCGUGCCGUUCAGCGCCUGCACCAUGCUGCUGGACUCCGAGGUCUACAACAUGCCCCUGGAGAGCCAGGGUGACGAGAACAAGUCUGUGCGUGAUCGAUUCAACGCCCGCCAGUUCAUCUCCUGGCUCCAGGACGUGGACGACAAGUACGACCGCAUGAAGACCUGCCUGCUGAUGCGGCAGCAGCAUGAGGCCGCGGCCCUCAACGCUGUGCAGAGGAUGGAGUGGCAGCUGAAGGUGCAAGAGCUGGACCCUGCAGGGCACAAGGCCCUCUGCGUAAACGAGGUGCCCUCCUUCUACGUGCCCAUGGUUGAUGUCAACGAUGACUUCGUGCUGCUGCCUGCAUGACCCCGCGGGAGGGCCCAGGACGCAGGGAGGGCGCCUAGACCGCCCAGUGCUGCUGAUGAGCCCCGAGGUGAGGAGGGCGCACCGCCCCCCCCCAGGGAGACCAGAGAGACUGUGUCGCCGCGCGUCCCUGUCCCUUCCAGACUGGCCGGAUGCCAGGGAGGUGGGCGCAUCUUUGUACCAGCCACUGCGGGUGUGAGACCACGCAGGCACAUGGUGACCCCGGUCCUCUCCACCGGCUGCAGGGCAUUUCGGGAGUUGGAGACGGAGUGCGUUUUAAAGCUUCUUGUUCCAUUCUGAUCAACUAAAGGAAAUAAGAUUAAGUGUCAGCCUCACAAACUGGCCUCCUGUGGCGCAGCAGAGCGCCGUCCCCGCUGCCGUCCUGUGGUCGUGGAGCUGCCGGCGGCCUCAGCCAGGCAGGGACGCGGAGCACCGAGGCCCGGCCGCCCCUGCCCGGCCACAGUGGGACACGAGCCAGGACUCUCCGAUAGUGUUUUUAAUGGAGUCAAAUCCACGUGGUUUGUAUAUUUUUUCCUUUGAUCUUGGGCAUUUUGUUUCUCUUUCUGAGAACAUAACUUGAAACACUACAGAGCCAAUAAUCAUAUAAAAAGUGUAUCCGUAAACGCUGUACAGUUUUAUAUACAUUCACAAUGUACUUUUGCUGCCUUCUAGAUAAUUUAUUUUGCAACACAUUACUGCACAGUUGUAAAUAACUUAUGUACUGUAACAUCACUUUCAGUUAUGUGUAAAGAAAUAAAUAAAUUAAUUAAAACUCU